AUGUCGUUUGAAAGUGAUAUAAAAAAAAGGGGGAGUAAAAAGAAAAGGAAAAAAACGUCCCCCAAGGAGGAGGAGUUCGACGAGGACCUCUUUGGAAUUGCCGAACUGUUUCAGGAACAAGGGGAUGACGACGACAUCAACGAUGGAAGUGAUGGGGGGGAUAGGAGCAAUUUCGACGAGGAGGAAGACGAUGAUGAUGAUUUCGAUGAAGAUGACAAUGAUGACGAGGAAGAAGAAUAUUCCGACGAAGACGAUGAAGACGACGAAGCUGAGGAGGAAGAGUAUGACUCCUCCAGCGAAGUGAACGAUGUGAAAAUAAAACGGCACAUGCCAAUCGUGCGCGGACGCAGCUCGCUGGCGGAGAACGACGAGCGGCAAGUCGCCACGAGGAAGGAAAGGAAGAAUGAAGGGAAAAGCGGUAAAAAUAAUGAUGGGAAAUUUUUACCAAGUGAUGAACCAAUUGAUGAACCAAGUGAAGGACCAAGCAAAAAGCAAACAAAGAGAAGUGCCCCACAAGGUCGAAGCGAAUGCUUCAUCAGCAAAGACUUCAUUAAAAAGGUGGGACAGCUGAACAACAUUAUUAACCCAAAAAUGACAAUCGAAAGUGACGCCAGCUUUGUCCAAAUAUCAAACAUAAUAGAAUUACGUGUAAGACAGAUAAUUGAAGAAGCCAACAAAUUUUACCAAAAGAGAAAAAGGUACUGUAUCAACAGAUUCUUAAAUAUCAACGAUUUUACCAACUCUUGUCAUUACUUGAAUGUAACAGUUCCGUAUAAAUAUCAGGUGAGCUUGCAUCCAGACUUGUACUCCCAACAUGAGGGGAUGAAAAAUUGGAGAGUCAAGUUGAGGGUGGUGUCCAAGAAUGGCUUUAAGAAUGUGAAAAAUAAAAUGAAGAAAAAAAAAAAAAAAAAAAACAACCUCCAGAAUGGUAGGAAAAAGAAGAGGCGGAAUAAUUUCAACCUCAGUGCCGCCAAAAUAUUCAAGGAGUUUCAAACUCAGCAAAAUAGGAGAACCAACUGUUACAGGGAAUUCUCCGACGGGGGGAAAUGGAAGGAGAGAAGAAGCCCCAGCGGGGGGGACUCCUGCAAGGUGGAUGCGGGGCCAAGUGGCGAUAAGACCAAAGUAAAAUGUUCCAGUACGGACAUGGAUGAAACGCUUCACAGCGAGAUAAACGACUUGUUGGGUGCGGAAAGGGAAAAUGAGAAGGAGGAACAAGAACCGGCAGACGCUGCAAAGGAAUCCUUUAGUCUUCCAGAUGAUCUAUCGAAUGAGGACAACCCCGAGGUGAAUGUAUCAAUCGAAUGGGAGGGAAGCAAUCCUUUCGAAAAUGAGGAGACCGAGAGGAACGCUGUCAAAGGGGUUGCUGAAAGCGGCAUCAGUCACAUGGCCCUGAGUAUGAACGACGGGCAGGAUGAACAGCGCAAAGGCCACGACCACAGUGCGAGUGACCUGCUGGCAGAAAUCGCGAGGGACUUGGAAAGCGAAGAGGUCGAUAAGGAGGAUCCACUGAGAACUGUCAAGGAAGACCCUCCCGAGGGGGAAGGUUUCGUGGAUGAACAGAAACGCGAUGAAGGUAAUGUAGUAGUAGAAAGUGGCAACGUAGGGAAUGGUGAUGUUGGGAAGGAGGGGAGCUGCCCUCGGGAAGGCCCCCACGUUGGGAGCGGUGAGGAAGACGACAACCUGCUGCACUACAAUUUGUAUUUGCAAAAAAGUAAGAAAAAAAUAAAAAAUAUUCAGAAUUUUUUGCUGAGCGAUAUGCAGAAUGUGCUCCCUAUGGAGGCCAACAUGACCAUUUUUUGGUUGUUUAUACAAAACCGUUGUAAGAAGAGGAAGGAGAAAAAAUUGAACGGGCAAAGUUCCAGCGUUGUGGGGGAUUACUACUACGGUUGUGGUGGAGAGGGGAAUAAUGAACAGAAGAAGAACGGCUCUGUUCAUUUUGACUACCAGUGCUACGAGAUGUUGUACAGGGUAGACAGGAGGGGAAGGAAUUAUCGCAGCUACCGGGGGUAUACCAAAGGAGGGGGGUUCGUCAAUAAGCAGGCAUAUAGUAACUUGGAUCGCCAGAAUGGGAACAUAUUCCUGCUGCCCAAGUUUUACCCCAUAAACAAGGAAUACGCUAUUCUGUCAAAGUACAUUUUGGAAAUCAUAAAAGACAUAAUAAAUUACCGAGUGAAUUUUUUUGACUACAAUAAUAUUUUGCACAUAUUUACAACGUCAAAGGAGAUUAACAAAAUAUUGGCAAAUAUUUUUUUCUUCCUCUUCAAUGAACUGGAGCACAACUUGGCCUUCAACAAUAUGUAUGCAUCGCUGAUGCUGUUAAUCCUAGUGGAUGGAAUUAUAAAAAAUAAAAAUAUAGACACCCAUUUUUACUGCUUGCAAAUACUGAAGAUGCUAAUCCAUGUUAUUUUAUAUGAACAUAAUUUGAAGUUAAAAAAUAUUUACCUCAUUUUGUUAGUAAAAAGAAAGGCAUGUGAUAUAAUGAUAAACUUCUGUUCCAGCUUGAGGAAGAAGAACAACAACGAAAUUAUUAAUAUAGAUUAUUAUUUAAUAUAUAUUUUAAGUAAAUUAUUGACGCAUAGUAAAUGUACGUAUAUGCACAUUUACGUAUCGUAUUAUUUGAUUUAUUUAAUGCCUUUAAAUAUUCACUUGAAGUUCUUCCUAGCUUACACGCCUAAUUUUUUGAGAAUAUUUUUUAAGAAAUAUUUCUACAAUCAGAAUGUGUACUACGGGGGGAAGUGCCGAUUGUUUAUUUCGCCCGAGGAGACCGAAUUAAAUGAGCUGUUUAACUUUUUUUUCUUUCACAUUUAUACGCUCAUACAAGGAUCCCUGUAUAGGAUUUUCAAACAUAUGGACAAUAUCCUUGUGCUGGAUAAUGCCGCUACUUGCAGUUACCUAAAUUACUUAAUGGACUUUAUCAUACAGUAUGCUGAUUACCAUUUGCCCCUCCUUUUGUCCAUAAUGACAGUCCUGGGUAAGGGCUCCGCCGCUUUGAUUAAUGCUGCACCACGCCGUAAGCGGGGUUGGAAGCGAUUGAGGGGACAUUCCAAACAGAUGCACUCAAAACGACGGGGUGAAGCACUACGCAGAAAGUGUUCAGACAGAGGCAACAAAUGUACCAAAAUUAGAAGAAAAAAAAUAAAAAAAAACAAACUUAAAAAGGGAAGGAAGAAAAAAGCCAAGAAGAAACAACUUCCCCUCGACGUUAGCGCUGUUCGAGCGUAUGAUAACCAACGCGAUGUGCAAAAGUUAGCAAAGAGGAAAAAUUACCUAAAACAUGUUAAGAAAAUUUAUGAUUAUUAUGCCAGGCAAAACCAAAGUGCCAAUGAUCACAACGGGGAUGACCUGGACGACCGAGGCGAUCUAAUUUCAACGCAAAACAUGAACACCACUGGUGGGAAUAAAAAGGGAUUCCUCACAGCGUAUGUAAAAAAAAGAAUUUCGCUAAACAAGACACUGCUGCAGAAUAUGAUGCACACAAAUCAGUUGCAUGCAAACAUUGCCGUAAAUAAAAUGCUUUGCAAAAUUUUAAAUAAAUUUGAAAAAAAGAGGAACAAAAAAAUGUCCCGUCGUCGGAGCAGGGACGAUGGUUUGCUUCUCUACAAUUCGUGUUACUACUUUUUGUAUACCCUCUGA